UGCGCAUGCUCUAUUGCUCCUGAGUCUCGAGCCACACUACAAGUUUACAACAGGCUUCUCCACCACUCCACCAUUUUGUCUUGGAAUCGAAAUCUAACGCAAUCAUAGAAAUGGCAAAACGAAAGGGGAAGCAGCAGCAAGAAGAAAAUGUCCAGCUUGGGCCCCAAGUUGCGGAGGGAGAGUUUGUGUUUGGUGUUGCUCACAUUUUUGCUUCUUUCAAUGAUACAUUUGUCCAUGUCACUGAUCUCUCUGGCAGGGAAACAAUUGCUCGUGUAACUGGUGGAAUGAAAGUUAAAGCUGAUCGUGAUGAGGCAUCACCUUAUGCUGCUAUGCUGGCUGCCCAAGAUGUUGCUCAGCUAUGUAAGGAAAGGGGUGUCACUGCUUUACAUAUUAAACUGCGUGCUACAGGUGGAACAAGAACAAGAACACCUGGUCCAGGAGCUCAAAGUGCUUUAAGAGCUCUUGCUAGAGCUGGAAUGAGAAUUGGCAGGAUAGAGGAUGUGACACCAAUCCCUACUGAUUCCACACGAAGAAAAGGGGGGCGCAGAGGUCGCAGGUUGUGACUGGCAUCUUUAUUUUUUUGGUUGCCAUUGUUUUUUUGAUCAUUAGUCUUAUAAUCAUAGUUUUUUGUGUGAUUAA